AUGAUCCGCGCGCCGUGGUUCACCGUCACGAACCUGCUCAAGGCGCUCGACGCCAGGCGCGCGGGGGCGCGGCCGCGCGGGCCGAAGAAUUGGCGCGCAUUCGCGGAAAGGGGCGCGGGGCUGUUCGACCGGGCCAUGCGCGUUGUGGUGUACAGCGGGGGAUGCCACGUGCGGGAUGUGCGGAAGAUGGCGGAACAGGUGGCGGAGGGAGAGGAGGGGAAGAAAGAGAAGGAUGGACACGAUAGCGGGUCUGUGAGUGGGGUCGAGCGGAACAAACGUGCAGGGGAAGAGAAAGGUGCAUCUUCUUCCUCCUCCACCACCACCUCCUCCCCUCCUCGCUUCCACAUCCCAGCCUCCUACGAUCUCGCUGCUCACCGCCUCACCCGUGCCACCAACGUUUCUCUCGCCUCCACGCGCGCCCUCGUCGCCACACUCGCCACCGCCGCGCGCCUCAACCCGCUCGCUGACCCCCACACCGCCGCCAUCCGCACCACUUCCGCUGCCCUCGCCCUCCCCAUCGACAUCCUACCCGCACACCCGGCCAUCUGCGCCCUCCUAGACGACCCACUUCUGCUACUAAACAAAGUGUCGGCGGGAGUGGUGGAGAGCGAGGGGUGGGAGCGGUGGCGGUGGCAUGUGAAGCUGGCGAUGGACACGGUGCACGUGGUAAGGCAGUGCGCGCACACGGGCGCGCGCAUGGUGCUGCUGCUGCAGGAUGACGUGGUGCCAGCGUGGCAGUGGGACGUGGGGUUGGAGCGGUUCGUUGCCGUGGACCUGCCACGAGUGGUGGGCGCACGGGAGAGAGCAGAGGAAGAGGGGAGAGAGAGGAAGAGGGGAAGGGACGGGACGCAGGAGGGGGGACAGGGGAGGGAGCAGGAGAGGGAGGAGGAGAAGGCGCAGGAGAGCAAGAACGGGAGGUUGGGAGCGGUUGAGAGUGGCAACAAGGGCCGUGGCUCGCACUCGAGAUACCCUGUCUGGGACGUGCUGUCGCUGUACUACCCACAGACGUACGGGUGGAAGCUGGCCCACGGGGCGGAAUACCCAGUCCCUUGCUGCGCCCAGGCGCUGAUGCUGAACGCGUCCACCGUGGGCGGGCUGCUGGCGCACGUGGAGGCGGGGCUCAUGCGCGCCCCCCUCGACCUCCUCAUCCAUGAGUACCUCCUCUCUGGUGCUGUCCAGGAAAACGGUGGUGGGAGUGCCGCAGGGGAGGAUGGUGGUGGCAGUGGAGACGGUGGUAAUGGUGGUGGUGGUGGUGGUGGUGGUGGUGGUGGUGGUGGUGGUGGUGGUGGUGGUGGUGGUGGUGGUGGUGGUGGUGGUGGUGGUGGUGGUGGUGGUGGUGGUGGUGGUGGUGGUGGUGGUGGUGGUGGUGGUGGUGGUGGUGGUGGUGGUGGUGGUGGUGGUGGUGGUGGUGGUGGUGGUGGUGGUGGUGGUGGUGGUGGGGGUGGUGGGGAUGGUGGUGAGGGGCGUCGUCCGCGGGCGUAUGUGCACAUCCCGUCGCUCUUCCAGCACAUUGGGGUGGUGAGGACGAAUGCGCUCAAGGGGAAUCAGGGCCAUCAAGACAGGCGGUUCCGACCGGACUAUGUGGAGGAGCCGUAUAGGAGUGUGGAGGAGGACUCGGAGGAGGAGGAGCAGGUGGACGACUCGGACGACGACGAGGACUAUGGCUUCGACGACCCCGACGUUGACGAUGACGAUCCCGUUCUGCGACCCAGACAGGUGCGGUACAAGAUUCUGUCGGAGAAGGACAUUCUGCAGCGGCAGCAGGAGGCCACCGGCGACGUGGCGACGGUCCUCUCCAUCCCGCUCGACGACGCCGCCAUCCUGCUCCGCCACUUCAAAUGGAGCGUGAGUCAGGUGAACGACGAGUGGUUUCAGGACGAGGACCGCGUGAGGAAGGCCGUGGGGCUGCCGCGCCCGCACUCCCCCUCCUCCUCCUCCGCCUCCGACCGCCGCCCUGGCAAAGAGCCCGAGCCGCACCUGACGUGCGGCAUCUGCUUUGAGAGCUACCCGCAAGCCGCCAUGAAGCCCGCCGAGUGCUUCGACCACUUCUUCUGUGACGCCUGCUGGCAAGGCUACGCCAAGGCGGCUGUUGCGGACGGGCCGGGGUGCCUGUGCCUGCGCUGUCCGGACCCGUCGUGUGGAGCAGCGGUGGGGGAGAAGCUUGUGCUCUCGUCGCUGCCGGACGCCCUGCGCGCCAAGUACCUCAAGUACCUGCUGCGCUCCUACGUGGAUGACAACCGCAAUGCCAAGUGGUGCCCCGCACCAGGCUGUGAGUACGCGGUGGAGUAUCUACCGGACUCAACGCACUACGACGUCAUCUGCAAGUGCAGCUUCGCCUUCUGCUGGAAUUGUUUGGAGGAGGCGCAUCGGCCAGUGGACUGUGAGACGGUGGGCAAGUGGAUUCUCAAGAACAGUGCCGAGUCAGAAAACAUGAACUGGAUUCUGGCGAACUCCAAGUCGUGUCCCAAGUGCAAGCGGCCCAUCGAGAAGAACCAGGGCUGCAUGCACAUGACCUGCACGCCGCCUUGCAAAUACGAGUUCUGCUGGCUGUGUCUAGGGGCGUGGUCGGAGCACGGGGAGAAGACGGGUGGAUUCUACGCGUGCAACCGAUACGAGUCCGCCAAGCACGAGGGCGUGUACGACGAGACGGAGAGGCGGAGGGAGAUGGCGAAGAACUCACUGGAGAAGUACACGCACUACUACGAGCGCUGGGCUGCCAACGAACAGUCGAGAGUAAAGGCGCUCGAGUCGUUGCGCGAGAUGCAAACAGUCAAGAUAGAGCAACUGAGUGAGCGCCACAGCCAGCCCGUCUCGCAACUCAAGUUCGUCAUCGAUGCAUGGCUGCAGGUGGUGGAGUGCAGGCGAGUGCUCAAGUGGACGUACGCGUAUGGCUACUACCUGCCGGAGGCGGAGGUGGCGCGGCGGCAGUUCUUUGAGUACCUGCAGGGCGAGGCGGACGCGGCGCUGGAGAAUCUGCACAAGAUGGCCGAGAAGGAGCUCGAGCUCUACAUCUGUGACGACGGGGACCCGCCCCCCACUUCCUUCAAUGACUUUCGGUCACGACUGGCGGGGCUCACCAGUGUGACACACACGUACUUUGAGAACCUAGUGAGAGCGCUCGAGAACGGCCUGGCAGACGUCGAGAACGCCUCUACAGCCGCCUCCUCCACACGUGCCGCUGCUGCCGCCGCAGCAGCAGCAGUGGGGCGAGCCAUCGCCAGCACGUCGCGCAUCUCCCAGUCCCGCUUCGGCGCCCGCACCCGCUCCCGCACCACUGCCGCUUCCGCCGCCGCAGCUUCCACCUCUGCUGCUGGCUCGUCUGCUGCAGGCCCUAGUGGUUCGUCUGCGGGAGCAGCGGCGGCGGGUGGUGGGGGUGGUGCGGGGUCGAGCCGCGGGAGUAUUUUCCGGUCGUCGUCGUCUCAAGCGGCCGCUGCGGCGGCGGCAGCGGCGGUGACGGUGGGGAAUACGGCAGGGAGGGAGCGGGAAGUGACGGCGUAUUGGUCGUACGGCAAAUCUUCAUCCCUAAAAGUCGCAGUGGUUGAGAGACGAAAAGCUGUCAAAGCACGAGCAGCGGCGGCAGAAGCAACGGCAGGAGGCGCAACGGGGCCAAGCGUGGUCCCGGAAAGAAAAAGCAGCGAGGCGACAGCAGCGAUUCGUCCCGUGGUCAUACUUCCGGGAUUGGGCAACAACUCGGCGGAUUACGCGGAGCUCGUCGCGCUGCUGGAGGCGCAGGGCAUGGCGGCGGAGGUAGCACGCGUGGCGAGACCUGAUUGGCUGCGCAACGCAGCGGGGAUUCUGCAGGCAGACUACUGGAAGGGAACGCUCAAGCCCCGCCCGAUCCUCGACUGGUACUUGGAGCGGGUGGCAGCAGCGGUGAAGGCAGCCAAGAAGAGAGUCCCAGGCGCCUCGCAGGUGUCACUGGUGGCGCACUCAGCAGGCGGGUGGCUGGCGCGUCUCUACCUCGCGGAGUACGGCCAUGCUGACGUGGCGCUGCUGCUCUCCCUCGGCUCGCCGCACCUCCCACCACCCGCAGGGGUACAAGGGGUGGUGGAUCAGACGAGAGGCCUGCUAAUGCACAUGCAGGCCGUCUCUCCAGGCGUCUUCCAUGCUCCCCACGUCAAAUACGUCUGCAUCUCUAGCAGGUACCUCAAGGGCUUGCCCCUGUUCGGCAGCACUGCUGCCACCCCUGCAGAAGCCACAGCAGCCUCAGCACCAGCCACUGGGUACAAGCAGGUGUGCAGGCGGGCGGAGGUGUGGGGGGACAGAGUCGUGCCGGAAGAUGCCGCCCUGCUGGAGGGGGCGGAGAAUCUGAUCCUGGACGGCGUGUAUCACUCGCCUGUGGGGGCCAGUGAGGCCCGGCCGUGGUACGGGUCUCCUUCUGUUCUGCCCUCAUGGCAGCACCACCUCUUGGUUUGA